AUGGCCAUGGCGGCGCUGCGGGAGGCCUCCCGCUGCCUGGCGUCCAGGGGGAGCCCUGCGGCCGCGCGACCCAUGCUCCUCGCGCAGUCGCGCGGCAUCACUUACAAGCUCUUCGUCGGAGGUUUAUCACAAUUUGCAACGGAGGAAAGCCUAUCAGAAGCAUUCUCACGUUACGGACAAGUAAUAGAAGCUACCGUCGUCAGGGAUAAGGUGACCGACAUACCAAAAGGAUUCGGCUUCGUGAAAUUUGCUUCCCCGGAGGAAGCCAAUAACGCGAGGGAAGAGAUGACCGGCAAGGCAAGAUUUCCUCCUAAAAUAUUACUGUUUGUUGCUUUUUUUUCUUGGUGCCAUCUGGAAAAGAGCUGA